AUUUCAGCGGGGUGACUACCACAUCGAUGUCUGCAUCAAUGACUACCUGGAUGUGUUCUGCCCUCACUACGAUGAUUCAGUUCCAGAAGAUAAGACCGAACGCUAUGUUCUGUAUAUGGUGAACUUUGAUGGCUACAGCUCCUGUGAUCACACCUCCAAAGGGUUCAAGAGGUGGGAAUGUAAUCGGCCGCAUUCCCCAAAUGGACCUUUGAAGUUCUCUGAAAAGUUCCAGCUCUUCACACCCUUCUCGCUAGGAUUUGAGUUCAGGCCAGGCCGGGAAUAUUUCUACAUCUCUUCUGCGAUCCCAGAUAAUGGAAGGCGAUCCUGUCUAAAGCUUAAGGUCUUUGUGCGACCAGCAAACAGCUGUAUGAAAACUAUAGGUGUUCAUGAUCGUGUUUUCGAUGUUAACGACAAAGUAGAAAAUUCAUUAGAACCAGCAGAUGAUACCGUACAUGAGUCAGCCGAGCCAUCCCGUGGUGAGAAUGCAGCACAGACACCAAGGAUACCCAGCCGGCUUUUGGCAACUCUGUUGUUCCUCCUGGCAAUGCUUUUGAUAUUAUAGCACAGUAUGCUCCAGCAACCUGUCACAGAAAAUACCAGGAUCUUGGAACAUCAAAGAUCCACCUAACUCAUCAUCCCAGGAAAGGGACUUUAUUGUUUUUGCAGAUGUCAAAUUGUUAUUUUUCCCUUUUC